ACAUUUAUAUCGCUCCCACGAUAAUAAGGUGCAGCGCAGUUGAGGGGAACACUGGGAAUGAGUUUACUGGCCUCUUUGGCCAUCUUCCUCACGUAGCUGGUGUGAAGCCCUCUUCACCCGCGAAAGAUGGCGCCGUCCGUCAGACCCCUCGUUAAGCGAAAGAUCGUCAAGAAGAAGCUGAAGAAGUUUAAGCGUCAUCAGUCCGAUCGCUACCACAGAGUGAAGACAAACUGGAGGAGGCCCAAGGGUAUUGACAACAGAGUCCGUCGUCGUUUCAAGGGACAGCUGAGAAUGCCCAAUGUGGGUUAUGGAAGCAACAAGAAGACAAAGCACACGCUGCCAAACGGCUUCAAGAAGUUUGUCGUCCACAAUGUCAAGGAGCUCGAAAUUCUCAUGAUGACCAACAGACGUUACGCUGCCGAGAUUGCCCACGGUGUCUCCUCAAGAAAACGCAAGACGAUCGUCGAGCGUGCCCAACAGCUGGCCGUCAAGGUAACCAACGCCCAUGCCCGCCUCCGCAGCGAGGAGAACGAGUAGAUGGAAAAGUUACAUUUUGGACUUCAAUCGCAAAUAUUAUUAUGGAACACAGAGGGGGGAUGUCAAGAGACGAAAUAAAUCUUACAAAGCUACGGUA